AUGGAAAGAUGCAUUUGUAGAUUACUGCCAACUCAAGAAGGACCUCAAAAAAUCCAUCUCCUUAACACUAACAACAACAACAACAACAACAACACACCAACUUCUAAGCACCAAAAUACCUCUUUGUCCAAUACCCUCUUCACAUCUAUAAGGAAGUUCUCUCCAUUUGGCCAUCAACAUAGAGAACAUGACCUCAUUCAUGUGCAUAAGAAGCUUGCCUCAUCAGCAAGUAAGGGAGACAUGUAUGAAACUGAGCUGCUAGAGCAGUUUGCUGACACUGAUGCUGCAAAAGAGUUUUUUGCACGCUUGGACCUCCAGCUCAACAAGGUGAACCAGUUUUUCAGAACAAAGGAGAAAGAGUUCAUGGAGAGAGGAGAGUCCUUGAGGAAGCAGAUGGAUAUACUCAUUCAGCUCAAAACUGCUUUCAAGCAGCAGCGCGGCAAAGGAGCGUCUGCAGUGGAUUCCAAGGAGGAUGCCUCUAUAUCAUGCUCCUUCUCAUCUGAGGAGGACUCUGUUAAGGACAAAACAGAGCAUGAACAGGAGAUGCAAGACAUCAGCACAGAGGACUUGGAGAAAAAUGAAGUGCCACAUUCAGAAGGGUCAAUAUCAGGUGAAUUGGGAAAAUCAAUGAGAACGAAAAGUGAAGAUAUUGGGAAACUGAGAACCAUGUCAAGUCGUUCUUUCAGUUGCCAAGGGAAGAACUUGAAGAUAAACAUUCCUCUCACAACCCCAUCGCGUACCUUCUCAGCAAUCAGUUACUUGGUCUGGGAAGAUCUGGUUAAUCAGUCCUCAAAGAAAUGCAGUGCAGAAGGCAGUAAGCUGCAUAUCAACAAAAAAAAGUUGCAUCAUGCGGAUAAGAUGAUCAGAGGAGCUUUUGUUGAGCUCUAUAAGGGUUUGGGAUAUCUCAAAACAUACAGGAACUUGAACAUGCUUGCUUUUAUAAAGAUUUUAAAGAAGUUCGACAAGGUCACUGGAAAACAAGUUCUUCCCAUUUACCUAAAAGUGGUUGAGAGUUCCUAUUUCAACAGCUCGGAUAAGGUGAUGAAUUUAGCAGAUGAAGUUGAGGAACUAUUUAUCAAACACUUUGCUGAAGAAGACAGAAGAAAGGCCAUGAAAUACCUGAAACCGACCCAGUGUAAAGAAUCGCACUCUGUAACAUUCUUCAUUGGUAAGUCCAUGCCAGUUUACAACAAACUGGGAAUGAUGAACAUUAUUUUAAUCAUAAAUUAA